GUAUAAGUAUUCAUCAUUAAACGAGGCUACAAUUGAUAUUAAGGAAACGUUUGACAUAAGGCUUGAUCUAGAAAAGUUUUUUAUUUUCUUAAUCAAAAAAUCAUGUUGGAAUAUUCAUUGGCCAGAUUAUUUUUCCUAAUCUUGUGUGUGUCGAAGGCGUCAGAUGCUUGCUAUUACAGUUACUACUAUAGCUACUACUACUGCUCUUACUAUUCUUCGGAUACUAGUUUAAGCGGCGGUGCCUGGGCUGGAAUCGUAGUAGGGAUGAUAAUAUUUUCUGGGAUUGUAGCUGCCAUUAUUUUCUAUCUUGUAUGCAAGAAUGUAUGCCCUGGGAAAUCACCUUUUAGCCGCCACCUCGGGCGUACUCGUGUAGUCAAUAUACCGGGUUUGGUUUCUAGUAACAACACAGCUCCAGUUCAAAACGCAACUCUUUCUCAACAACACGCUUAUCCGCCCAUUACAGUAACCUCUGGUCCUCGGAAAUCACUUUUUAGCGGCCUUUUAAGCGGCCACUUCGGGCGUACUCAUGUAAUCAAUAUACCGGGUUUGGUUUCUAGUAACAACACAGCUCCAGUUCAAAACGCAACUCUUUCUCAGCAACACGCUUAUCCGCCCAAUACGGUAAACGAUGGUAUAGGUCAGGGUUCAUCCUUUCAGUACGGACAGCUCCCCAACCAAUACGGAGUACCUCCCCCUGUCUACAAUACCAACAUCGGAUCUGCACCCCCACCAAAAUACUCUUCCAUGUUUCGAUGAAAACCUCGCCGCCUAAAAAACUUAAUCUUAAUUAUAUCUGCGGGAUUAUUAUCCUCGUAAAAUUUUGAAAAGUACUUCUCGCGGAUUUUAAGAUAUCUUACAUUAGUUAUUAUAGGUAAUAAUAAUUUUAGGCACUCGGAAUUUCAUAUCUUUGCUAGUUGUACAAGGCAACACAAUAUUAAAUUAUCCGCGUUAAAUCUCGAAAAGCACCUCUUACGGAUUUUUGAAUUGCUGACAAUAACUAUGAAAAAGAAAAUAACGCAUUCGCGUUAUUGUAAUUAACUCUGUCGUAUGCACUUUUUAUGCAAUAAUGUUUGAAUUUAUCUAAACUUUUACCAAAAAGUUUACGGGAGCUGGAUGCUAAACCAAUUUCCUAUCAGAUCUAUCUCAAACUUUGAUGAAAAAAAUAGUGCAAUUCAAAGCAAUAAGCCAUAUAGUAUAUGAAAGUUAUUUAAAUAACUGUUUUUAUGUAAACGACUGAAUCAUUAUUUUACCCAUUUUCUGUUUUUUUCCGUAUGAUACCUCAUGUAGUGUGUAACCCUUGGUGAGCCCCUAUGCAUUUGAUGUUUCUAUGAUUUCUGAUUGGUUAAUAAUAUUUAGGUAUCUUAUUACAUUGUUAGCGUCCCGCAUGUAAACACUGCAAAAAAUCGGCGUAGUUUUUAAAUAUAAUAUAUACUCUUAUCAAUAUUUUUAGUUUAAAAGUUUACUAUUAUCUUAUAUCUUUGUACAGAGGUCUUCUUCUUAAGAUAGUAAUGUUGUCAAAAAAUAAUUUAUUUGGAGAGGGUUUGCAUAGGCUGCCUGUUCUCCAAAUCUCUGUGAAUUUUCGAUAAAGUAUACUAAAUUUGUUUUUAAUCAAAUACAGAAUUUUUGAACCUGAAUAUAAUCUAUGCAAUCUUACUAAAAGAGUCGCUUCAUUUCCUCUUUGUAUGGAUGAUUCAUUUUCUUUUUCAAAUGAAAUAUAUUUUUGUAAAACAGUUUUAUGUACUUAAGAAACUGAGGUAAACAUCAAGUCCUUUAUUUAUUAAGUCAUACUACAUUAAGGCUUGAAAAGCACUGACUCUUAAAUAAAAGAAGACGUCUUUCAAAUAGACUUAUGUCAGUUUGGUGAAAAGUAUAUUCAAGUUUUUAUUGUAAUACAAAGAUACCUCUCAUUUUGUAUUUUAUUAACCAAAGGUGCGACUAUAUCUGUUUGCCAUUCUUUAAAAAGUUGGGUGGUCAACAAGUUAACCACCAGAUCUGCCUAAAAAUUUUAAGGAUGAUAAGGCCAUAAAUAUUUUUUUGUAAAGAUAAAAUCCAAGUAUUUUAGCUUUUAAGUUGGAAAACAUUAUAUAUAUAUAUAUAUAUAUAUAUAUAUAU